UUUAGGAUUACUGCUUGUUAUUUCAAUUAACUGGUAACAUGGCUAUAGGCUGUGAAAGUUGAAAUAUUUCAUCGAUAAGGGACUUUCCUCACUAAAUUCGUAUGAAACGUUGCAACAGUUCGUUCCUCUCAUCAGGAAGUGUCUUCGGAGACAUCGAAGGGGUUGAGAUUGCUACCGAAAUGGCGCCAGGUGAACCACUCCGAUUAUCACCGGAGCUGAUUACCGAACAUAUUAUCAUGUCCGAAUAUGCGAUGAUUUGCCGAGAUCCAAUAGAUGGUUUAUAUAUAGUGCCAAGUGCUCGAAACAAGUUCGAAUGGUUCGGUUUGUUGUUUAUUCGACGGGGUGUCUAUGCUGGUGCUGUCUUUCGCUUCACUUUGCAUCUUCCUAUGGAUUUCCCAUCCACGGAAUUACCGACAGUAUUUUUCGAUUUGGACGUGUUCCAUCCGCAUGUUAAUCCAGCUACGCGAGAACUGGAUUUGAAAAAGUAUUUUAUUGAUGGUUGGAAAUCUGAUCAGCAUCAUCUCUACCACGUUUUGCUUAUUGUGCAGAGGACAUUUUUCACGUUCGAUUCAGACCCAGCAACAUGCGCUAAUAUCGAAGCAGCAGCAUUACUUCGUGAUAAUAGAGAAUUAUACAGAAUGCGAGCCAGCGAACUUAUUAAGAAAAGUCGGUCUGUUAUAUACGAGCCAGUUGACGUCGAUGAUAAAAAUACUAUUAGACUUAUGCCAUGGGAUGCAUCCAUUCAUGAACCUUUGCGGCAAAGGCUUAUAGGUGGAUUGACUGAUAGUCAAAUAAGUACAAUGUCACUGCUAGGUUCACUUGGUUGCGGCCUUAAUAAGUCUUCGGUAUUUGAAUCCCGAGCUAAACACGGGUUUUCUUGGAUUUCUCCAGUCGAUUUAUGCUAUAUGGUGGAACCACCAAGACCAGCUGAGCUUGAUCUGAAGAUAAUAUCAGAAUCGGGAAAUUGCCCAAAGAAUGCAGGACCAUCGUACGUUUUUUGUCCAGAUGAAUUAAACAAUCGGAGCGUAGCAAAUGAAAUCAUCAUUCCCAAUGUUCCCGAACUGAGUUUGAAUGGUGAAAUUGACUUCAAGAAAGAAGGUGCGGGAGGAUCACAAGAAGAAUCCGAAAAAAACGAUUCAUGUUUGCUGAAAGAGGGUGCACUGCAAAAAGAAAAUGGUGUUAAAGAUUUUGUUGCCAAGAACAACGAGAAGACCAGUGACCUAAUGGAGGAAACACUUAAGCAAUGGACAAGUAAGGAACAGGAAUCAGAUAUGAAGCCGUUCUCUGGAUUGGAAAAAUCUGCUCAGAGAAAAAGUGAAUAUGUGAAGGCUCAGCAAGGUGGUGAUGUACAAGAUGCAAAUGUUGUCCGAGCACGAUCAAGUUGGAGCAGUGAUGAAAUUGGAGAAAGUGAUAUAUGA